UCGAAUGGCGACUAUGGCGGAUUACAAGCCUACAAAAAUAUCUCGACCAUGUCCGCCGAUUUUUGGGCCGGCUACGUUUCUGGAGCAGUGGGAAUCUUGAUUGGAAACCCGCUGGACCUAGUCAAGACGCGAUUGCAGGCUGGACAGACCACUCACGCUUCAUCAGCGUCUCCAGGGUCGUCUCCAGCAUCGCAAAGCGUCGGACAGUCCUCAGCACCACCACCACAAAAUUUCAAACAGCACUUUGAUCGCGCGGGAACGCUGGUUAGGGGCAGUACAGCUCCCAUCCUUGGUUACGGCGCCCUCAACGCCCUCCUCUUCGUAACGUACAAUCGCGCACUCUCCCUUCUAAAUGAUGACCCUGCUCAACCGACUUCCUUCGGCAAAAUCUGGUGUGCGGGCGCCGCAGGCGGGCUCGCCUCCUUCGUCGUUUCGGCUCCUACCGAGCUGAUCAAAUGUCGAGCCCAAGUGGCUACAGAUCGCCAUGCUAGCUCCUGGAGAAUAGCAAAAGAUGUAUGGAGGGUGGAAGGCAUACGUGGAAUGUACUACGGAGGUGGAAUAACCAGUGUUCGCGAUGCUGUCGGCUAUGGCUUCUAUUUUUGGUCCUACGAGUGGAGCAAACAGGCUUUAGCCUCGCCUGACGAUACUGGCAAACAAACUGCCAUGAAGGUGCUACUCUGCGGAGGUUUGGCGGGUGUAAUUACUUGGGCAUCCAUCUUCCCCCUCGAUGUGAUCAAGACGAGAUUCCAGAUACAAGUGCCACGUUCGACGUUGGGCCCCGUAGGAGAGAGCAGUGCGUUACUGCAACAGCACGCACGACAAAAACGAUUGAGCACACUUGAGAUUGCUCGAGAAGCCUACAGAUCCGAGGGUGCUGGCGUCUUCUUUCGCGGGUUAGGCAUAUGCAGUGUUCGAGCCUUUGUCGUCAAUGCAGUCCAAUGGGCUGUCUACGAGUGGAUGAUGCAACUUUUACAGCAAGCUUGA